UUAAAAUAUUGAUUUUUGAAAGGUAUCGACAAAUCAGUUUUGCUACUGUAACAGGCUAACGUUAGCUUUUUAAACGCGUUUGCACUGCUUGUUGGUUAUGGAUAUUUGUCUAACAUAUCACUUUUAUUCACAGUCGUGCCCACACUGACUCGUCCCAAACAUCCACAAAAGUCCCAAAAAUGUGUAAAACGUCUGCAAAGCAUCCCAGAAGUGUUUCAAGUCAAACACAAAGUUCCCUUUUUCCACAAUCCCCAGUUGGCAAAUUUGCUGUAUGUUACCCAGUUGGCCCCACUCCCAAGUCCCACAGACACCACUAGUGUCCCUGAAAGGCUAGGGAAAAAUCUUUUUCAAUGGUUUUGAGUGCAAAAUGUGAAGAAACCCUGUCACAGCCAGAGGAUGGAGAGCUGGAGGAGGGCGAGCUGGAAGAUGAUGGGGGAGAUGUGGCAGAGGAGGAGAUGGGUGGAGGUACGUCCGCAGUAGUGGGAGGCGGAGAUGGGGGGGAUGAAGCAGGUGGAGGAGGUGAAGCAGGAGGGGAAGGGGCCGGGGAGAGGCCUCAGCGGAGUAAGGAGCGCCAUGCCAGCAGCAAUUCUGACGACGACAGAUCCCACCGUCGCAAGAGGAAGAGGAAGAAAGAGAAGGAGCGAGAAAGGGAGAAGAGGAGGUCCAAGAAGAAACGCAAAUCCAAACACAAACGUCAUGCAUCCUCUGAUGACGACCACUCAGACUUCAGUGAUGACUCUGAUUACAGUCCCAGUGAGAAGAGGAAGUACAGAGAGUACAGUCCACAGUACCCCCCUUCUUCUCAUGGGGGCUACGGCGGCUCAAAGAAGGGCAGCUACAUGAAGAUGGACAAGCAGAGCUACGUAGGCUACGAUGAGUACGACGAUGACAACUUCGAGGCAGAGGAAGACGAGGACAUUGGGGAAGAAGACUAUGACGACUUCACCAAGGAGCUCAACCAGUACCGUAAGGCCAAGGAGGGAGGAGGAGGGCGCGGCGGACGAGGGGGUAGAGGUCGUAUGAAGAACCAGAGAGGCCGUGGAGGAAUGAGGGGAGGGAGGAGGGGAAGAGGAGGAGGAGGAGGCAGAGGAAGAGGGGGUCGGGGUGGAGGUGGGGGUGGAGGAGGAAAGAUGGGUGGAGACAACGACGAUGGAGAUGGCUAUGGAGAUGAGAUGGAGUCCCUACAGUAUGGAGAUGACGACUAUGACAACAUGGGGGAUGAUGACUACGAUGACUACUCAAAAGAACUCAAUCAGUACAAGAAGUCCAAAGACAGAGGCAGAGGAGGUAAAGGUGGCCGCGGGCGAGGGAGGGGUAAAGGAGGGCGGGGUAUGAUCAGAGGAGGAAGAGGUCGAAACCGCGGGAGAGGAAGAGGUGACAUGGGGAUGGAUGAUGACAACAACGGAGACAUGGACAAUGGGGACGGAGGCGGGGGAGGCGAUGGACCAGGACCUGGGAGGAGGAAUCAGAAUGAGAAGCACCAGGAUAAGAAAGGAAAGGCCAUCUGCAAGUACUACAUCGAGGGGAGAUGUACCUGGGGGGACCACUGCAACUUCAGCCACGACAUUGAGCUCCCCAAGAAGAAGGAGCUGUGCAAGUUCUACAUCACUGGAUUUUGUGCCCGAGCCGACCACUGUCCUUACAUGCAUGGUGAAUUCCCCUGUAAGCUGUUCCACACCACAGGGAACUGUGUCAACGGCGACGAAUGCAUGUUCUCCCAUGAAGCCCUCAAUGAUGACACGCAGGAACUGCUCAACAAGAUGCUGGCAGAGGAUGCAGAGGCCGGAGCUGAGGAUGAGAAGGAGGUGGAGGAGCUUAAGAAGCAAGGGAUCAACCCUCUCCCUAAACCCCCUCCUGGAGUUGGCCUCCUACCUACCCCUCCUCGGCCUGUUCCUAUAGACACCAACACAGGGGCUGUGGAUUUCGGUGGACCUGUGGUGGGUGACUUUGGGGGUCAUCCUGGACCUAACCAGGGGCCCAUUCCCAGCAAAGGUCCCCCAGGACCAGGGCCUGUUCCUGGGCCUAACCCCUGUGCUGGUCCCCCUAUACAUAGUCCUGAAGGAAUUCCCUUUCAAGGCGGGCCCCCAAAUCCCAGUGGCCCACCUCCUCACAUGGGCCCCCCACCUCCUGGUGGUGGAGGGGGAGGUGGCGCGGGGAAGAAGAUCCCCUCACUGUUUGAGAUUAAAGUUCAGCCGACAGGACAGCUGGCUCAGAAACUGGCCGUCAGACCAUCCAAAUGCAGCAGAAAAGUCAGGCAUGUUCUACCGUUUGAACGGGUUAGAACACCGCUGCAAGAUGGCGGCGGCAGAGAUGCAGCUCACAACUUCAACACGAGCCAGACUCCCAGUGGCAACCAGGGUCAGACUGCUGCACCUGGACCCCAAGGGGCCCCUGGUGCCCCUCCUACCCGCUUCCCUGCCCCCCCAGGCAUGAUGUCCCCUGACAUGCAGAACAUGGGCCCCAACCUUGGGAUGAACCAGGGGCCCCCCAACAUGGGCCCUGGCGGACCUCCCAUGAUGGGAGGAUUUGCAUCUGGUGACGGCCCUCCACAUGGAGGUGCUAUGCCUCCAGGUCCUCCUCAGGGUGGAGGAAACUUCUUCAAUAACUUCUUCAAUCAGCAGGAUGGUAUGAAGAUGGAGGGAGUGGUGCAAGAAGGUGACAACUACCAGGGUUUUGCUGGCAUGGACGAGAGAGGAGGAGCAGGGAAAUUUGGUAAUCAAUCAGGUGGCCAAGAAGGCUCUGCUAAUGGAGCGUCAGCCAAUCAGGGAGGGAUUUCUGUGCCUGACUUCCUGCCUCCAGCACAGCGCGUCCUGUUCAUGAGGAUCCAACAGAAGCAGCAGGAAGAAGAGGAAAGAGCUCGCAGGAUGGCCGAGGGAGGAGCAGAGAAGAGUAGAGACACUGAAGGUGACUCAGGGAACUGGUACUCCAGUGAGGAUGAGGAUGGCGGUGGUAGUGUGACCUCCAUCUUGAAGACGCUCCGUCAGCAGACCCAGGCUCCUCAAAAAUCUGACGGCCCCCCAAGCGACCCUCGCCUCCAGAAGGCCUCUCCUGCCAACGCUCCUGCUCGGCCAGCAGACCCCCGCUUGGCUCGGGACCCACGUCUGGCACGAGGUGCAGAGUCGGGCCAAAUCGCCGACUCCGCCCACUCCAUGCCCGCACCAUCUUCCUCUGGACCGCCUGCAGACCCCAGGUUAGCCCGGCUAGCUGCUGCUGCCUCAGCUGGAGCUACCUCCCACUCGCCUUCUACUUCUAAACCAGAGCCUCCUCUGGUCUACAAGCCCCCGCCACUUACAACCCCGGCAGCAGAGGAGGAAGAGACGGAGCGAGUUCUCCGGGACAAGCCGGUGCCGAUUCCUCUGGACCCACUGAUGGGUAUGGCUCUGAGAGACCCACGCUCACAGCUGCAGCAGUUCAGCCACAUCAAGAAGGAUAUUGUUCUCCACAUGCCAUCUUUCUCCAAAACCAUCACCUGGUCGCCUGAAGAUCUCCUUCCGCUCCCUAUCCCCAAGCAGGACCUCCUUCCACUCCCACCAGGCAUUCCUCCUGUCUCCUCCAUAGACCCACGUCUGUCCCGCACUCAGCAGCCGCUCCACACAUCGCUCCCUCACUCACAGCCUCCCCCCGUGCCGCCUCCUCCCUCCGUGGACCCCCCUGCUCCCUCUUCCUCCACCACCUCCCUCCCAGACUUUGAGCUGUUGUCUCGUAUCCUGAAGACUGUCAACUCCAGCCCGUCCCAGACUCCCUCCCCUCCUCUCUUACCCCCCCCUAUUGCCCCUGUGUCACUGCUGGGUCCACCUCCCCCCAUGCCUCCCGCACCUGCAGAAAAACCUGUUGACCCCCGUGUGGCCCGUAAAGGCCCCUCAGACCCCCGUCUGCAGCCUCAGAAGUCAGCACUGAAGCAACCAUCAGAUCCCGCGCCUCCUCCUGUCUCCUCUACCUCUCCAGCAACCACAUCUAGCCCCCCUCCCCCUACCAUUGCCCCCUACGACCCAAGGCUGCUCGCCUCAGGUGGGGCAGGGCGCGGUGUGGGAGCCGGGGCACCAGGGGGAGCUAGUGUGCUGAGCAACAUCAGUCUGUAUGACCCUCGGACUAACAAACCAGGCAGCCCUGGUACCAGCAGUGGCUCUAACAACUCCCCCAACUCAGCCUGCACAGAGUCCAAACCCAGUGACCCCCCAACAGGUAAACCCAAGUCCAAGGAACCCCUGUUUGUUCGUAAGUCUGCGUUGGACCAACCAGAGCCAGAGAAAAGUGGAGAGCAAGGAACCGAUCGUUACAACAGCUAUAACAGGCCCCGGCCCAAACCUGCACCCUCGCCUAACUCCACGGUCCAGGGAGGGCCUGCUGCAGCUGGGCCAGCCGCAGCUGGGCCAGCCGCAGCUGGAGGUCAGGGUGCUCCUGGAGCUGCUUCAGAUCAGGGGCCCGCGGGUGUACACAACCUACCAGUGUCCUCUCUAUUUGGCAUGGUGAAGCAGGCGACCAAGCCCGGCGGGACGAGUAGCCCCUUUGGAGGAAACAGCCCGGUGCAGUCUGACCAGGCGGCCACAGAGCAGGACAACGCCUCGCUGAAAGAGGUUUUCAAAGGCUUUGACCCCACAGCCUCCCCCUUCUGCCAGUGACCCUCCGACCAUUGAACCCUAAAGCCCAUUGUGGUCGGACGCUGGCUUGUUUUAACCUUUUUGGACACUGAACAGCUCAGUGAAAAGGAGAAAGAAAAGCGCACUGAGGCAACUACCUGUAAGACUGGUUAAGAAAAACUUUUGUGAACAAACGUCUCACGACAUGUUUCAUGCACACACACUCACACAUUUGUUGCAGAUUCAGAUUCUAUAAAAGACUCUUGGGUUAUGGGAAGGGUUUAAAGUUAAAUCUCUAAAGUUCUAUUUUAAACAAAGUUAUUGAUGUAUAAAUAAAUGUAUUCUUUUCAUCUCAAUGCUUAAUGAAAACAGUUAUUCAGACAGCAGCAAAAACAUAUUUAUAUGGAAUGAACAUUUUAGCUUCACAUAUUUUUUCAUUACCCCAUCAUUUCAGUUCCUCUGCUCAAUUCUUUGUCAUUUUCUCCAUCUAUAAAUUGUUUUAUGUGCUUGUCUAUAUUUUUGGGCAGUCAAAGUUGACAAUGCUCUUGGCAACAGAUGAAACCAUAGGAUUAAUGAUGGGAUUUUUCCCAACAAAAUAUUGCUUAUUUGUGGUGUUUUUGUGAUUAAAUGAACAGCACUGAGGCAACUCCCUUAACACUGUUGCCCAUCAGAAACAAAUUACACUCUGUAUCACUGCCUUUGCAUUCACUGUCCUCUUUAACCCCUGUGCAAACUGUUUAGUUUUGUCAAAAAAUAGCAUACAUUCUGUCAUUAUGACUCACCACGUCACAUUUUCUGCAGAAACAACUGCAAAUACCUAAACUUAAAUCUAUAUUCUGCUUUUUUUUAGUAUUUAUUUUUCUACUACUUUGCAGCGCCAGUUUGUGUCCUCUGAUGACUAUUAAUGUUUUUAUUGUCUGUCGCUCCUCCAGCUGUUCAUAUACGGUUUCAUGUCAUUUCUGUUUAUUUAGCUCUUACCCAAGACAGGUAACUUUGCUGGUACAGGAAGUGACCUGUGACCUUUCAGUACAGCCUCUGUAACCACUACACCACUGUUCCUUUCUCUCUAUUUAGUCAGUUUUCACAGGUUUUCACAUGAACAUUUAGUUUAUUGGUUUGUGAAAAUGGAGUGCCACCAGUUCAUAAAUAACAGCUUCUGUAGCUUUAAGGUAAAAGAGAUGGAAAAUAGACCUCGCUUGGUGGCAAACUGAUGACAAAAACAUCCCCAUGUCUCUCUCCAGUGGCAGAUUUUGGCUAGAUGAUGGUUAGCCAUAGCAUCACUAGGGAACGUUAAACAAGUUUGUGUUUUUUCUUUGCUGUAAAGUCGAUUUCAAAGGUUCAACUUCUAAUUAGUCAGCCUUGGUUGGUUAACACGUACCUUCAUCUUUUUCACCUUGAUCAGAAUAGGACACUUUGAUUCACUGACUCAGAAUUCACCAUCUAGCCUUUAGCUUUUAGUUAUUUUGUUUUUAUUAACUGUUAAGAGUGACAAGAAAACUGACAAGACAGGACGGCAGGUUUCUGCGCGAGGUUGGUGGAAUGGAAUAAUUUGCAGCCUUACAGCAUCAAUUUCUAAGUGUUUGGCUUUAGUGGCUGGUGACAGUGUGACAAUCAUAAACUAGACUUGGACCUAAAAUUCAAUUAAUGCAUGAAUCUUGCAUUGAUCUGUGCAGGUGUUCCCUUUACUGUCAGUCUGAGCUCUGCAUAAAGAGAACUAUGUGAUUCAAAUGUCGGAUCUUAACAUUACCUGUGUUAAAAAGACAGACUGAACAUGAUUUUCUCUCUGUCUUGCAGCAAAAGAAGUGCACACUUCAUGGUGGAAAUGUUCAUUUGGGAUGAAUUCACAGUUGUUUGAAUAUUUUCUCCAGAAUCUCCCUUACUAGUUUCUACCCCUUACCAUAAACAGUUGAAGUCAGAAGUAAGUGCAACGUCUGAAUCAGGGUGAGGAUAAGCAGUUGUUCCCGUUUUGCCUGAUCAGCCAGUGAUUUCAUUGCCAGGCUUUUUUGUGUAUAAAUGUUGAUCAUUUUAAUUUAUUUUUUUAUACUCUUUUUUUUUUUGACUGACUCAUUUUAUGUCAGGAAUAUGUGAUUACCGCUCACCUCAGUGGGAUGUAGGCAGCCUGUAACAGUGUGAAGAGAGGAGAAAGAGUUUUGUGUAUAAAGAUUCAAACUAACAAAAAAAUCACUAUUGCUCCCUCCUGCCAGGCCAUGAAAAAGCCUGCAAGGAGGCCAACUGUCAGCUAUAGCAAGUGUGAAAGUUAUUGUUGAUUUGUUUUUUCCUUUAUGGCUUUGUUGUUUUAUAAGUUGUUUUUUUUUCUUGCUAUGUAAAUUUGACCAGUAUCCCGUCUUUGGAGGAAUUGAGUUUUCUAACUGUACACUGUAGGUGAGGUUGUCAAAGUAUUUAAAUAAAGUUGAUAAAUGAUCAACCAGUUAA